AUGAAGUUUGCUUCUAUUGUUUCUUUCCUUUUCCUUGCCGCCGGGGCCAUCGCCCAGGAGCCUGGCGAACUCGACGAUCAUACCAGCCUCGAGUAUGAUGAUAUCUUUGACGACAGCGCAGUUUUGGAAACCCGCAGCCUAAUCAACAGUGCUUGCACUGGCAAAGACGGUGCUGAGGGUGUUUGCAUCAGCGUUUCUGACUGCAACAAAGGUGGUGGUGAAUUCAUCAACAAUGCUUGUCCUGGCACUCCACAAAACAUCAAAUGCUGCACCAAGACAAAGUGUGGCGAUGGUGGUAACUGCCGCUUCACCGACAAGUGCAGCUCCGGCAAUAUCUUGUCCGGUCAAUGCCCUGGACCUGCUAGCUUCAAGUGCUGCUUGCCCAAGGAGCUGUCCGGCCGCGGAAGAACUUUCCCUAAGCCAAGGAUCCCGUCCGUCGGCGCUUGCAAGAGGACUUCUGUCAAUGGAGCGAAGAAGAUCGUGGCCGCCCAGCGUGGCAAGAUCAGGGAAAUUGGUUGUUAUCGCAGAUGCAGAUGUCCAAGUAACAGCGAGCACUGCUGUGGUUUGGCUGUAGAUUUGAUGUGCACUUCUCGCGCUGGCAAACGAGACAGGGAUGACUUUGGCCGUGCCAUUGCCGAAUGGGUUAUGAAGAAUAGACGAUCCCUGAAACUGAAGUAUGUCAUCUGGGGACAGCGCAUCUGGAAUCCUUCCCGCGAUAGGGUUGCCCCGUGGAACAAGUGGCGAAAGAUGGAGGACCGCGGCUCUAUCACCCAGAACCACUGGGACCAUGUGCAUGUCAGCUUCAAUUAA